UUUAAUUUAAAAAUAUACAAUAAGAUAUCUGUACCUCAGGGAAAGCACCAACAUGUAAUUUUUUUCAACGUUUUAAAAAAAUUACACAAAAGUUUAUGUUUAGGUUUUAGGAGUUUUAAGAGGCUUAAUAUGAACGUAAACGGCAACCAUAGCAUGUCUUUAGAAUUUCACUAUUCUGUUAAAGACUUAAAGGAGUCCGAUCCGUCAUGGAUUGGUGCAAAUUGGGGCAAAAAUCAGAAAAAGUCUAAAUUUGACGAAAUUUUAACUUCGAAAUGGGAUAAGGCCGUAGAAAAUGGUAUUUUCAAGUACAAGUUGGACGACUGUAAAUAUAAAACACUUACGUCAUCAAAAUCCAACCCAAUGCAUUGCGUAGCUCAGUUAAACCCCCAGCGAAGUUUUAAACGAAGAAAACGUGAAACUUUCAGCUCCAUGAAUGAAAACUUCACGCAAAACCAAUUCAACUUCACAAAAAUUUGCGAUGAUGAAAUUUUAUUCACUAUGGUGCCACCUAAUGACUCCGCUGCUACAGAACUGCAAAAGACAGCUUCAAGAAAUGUUGUAGUCGUUAAUAUCAGUCCGAUAGAUUACGGGCAUGUUUUGCUAAUUCCUGCACUUGACGAAUGUCAAUCACAAAGAUUGACAGCUGCUUCUUUGCUGCUGGCUUUUGAUUUUCUUCAGCUGAGCUCAAACCCAGGUUUUCGUGUUGGUUUCAACAGUCUACAUGCUUGGGCUUCUAUCAAUCAUCUGCAUUUCCAUGGCAUGUAUCUACAACACCAACUAUUUUUGGAUAAUAUACCAACAUCUGACCAUGUUGCUGGUUCAUGUUAUUUGAUUGAUGGUUCCUCUCCCAUGCCUGCAUUUGUGUUUAAUGUUCCAAAGCAGAAAGAAGCCAGAGUGGUGGUAGCUACAGAUAUUGAAAAACUUGUAAACAUUCUCCAUGAAGGGGAAACCCCAUACAACAUGAUGCUCACACGAGGCAGCGUUGGUACACGUUGUGUCAUCGUGCCGAGAAAAUCAACCCAAAAUUUGGAACCUUCCGACAGCUUUGAUGUGGCAUGCGUGGAAAUAGGAGGCCAAUAUCCGAUGAAAUACGAAAAGGAAUUCUGCAGUGUCACCCAUGAUUCAGCAUUUAAGAUUCUCGCCAAAAAUGCAGUGAGUAAUAAGGUGUUUGAUGACUUGGUUCAAAAAAUUAAACAAAUCCUUUAAAUAUAAUCUAGGCAUAUAUGGAUUCAGAUAACAAAUUUAUUACAAUCCUGGUUAAAAUUCACGCAAACUAAACUUAAAAUAUUUAUCAAGCUUCUGAAACGAUGUUUUGGUAGGUUUUAGUUCAAAUUUAUAAAUAUAAGCCAUAGCUUCAUAAGCUAUCCUAAUGUCAACAAAACCCUGGUAUUAGCUUGGCUGAAACUAACAAUUGUUGACAUUAACUAAAGAGUUUGCCAAAAAAAUCCUAUGUAACCUAUCCUACCUAUGUGUUCUCUUGAUAAAACUUUUUUAAAAAAGCACUCUGUAUCUUAACUAUAUUGCAAUAUGCUGAAAAUAUAUUUUUAUGCCAGGUGCACUUUAAAAAAAAUGUACUUAGAUAUUCUAUGUUAUAUUGUAUAUGCUAUGCAGUAUUGUUAAAUGUGCUACUGUUGUAAACAUAAUAAAAUUCCUGUAUUUCA